AUGUGCGCGGGCGACGCAGAUCGGCAAUGUGCGCCGGCGACGCAGAUCGGCAAUGUGCGCGGGCGACGCAGAUUGGGAAUGUGCGCGGGCGACGCAGAUUGGGAAUGUGCGCGGGCGACGCAGAUCGGCAAUGUGCGCCGGCGACGCAGAUUGGGAAUGUGCGCUUACGCGCUGAUUGGGAAUGUGCGCGGGCGACGCAGAUUGGGGAUGUGCGCCGGCGACGCAGAUUGGGAAUGUGCGCCGGCGACGCAGAUUGGGAAUGUGCGCUUACGCGCUGAUUGGGAAUGUGCGCUUACGCGC